UACCAUUUGUCCUCUACAGAUAAAGAAGAAUAGAUCUAGCCACGAGACAACAUCCAAUUUCUUGCUGGUUAAGGACUCUAAGUUCGAGAAAACUCCAUAUAUACCAUUGCUUCGCAUUCAGAUCUUUGAUAAUUGGCCAUUACACAUUCUUGUGUAAACUUGAAAGGCAAGUGAUUAUCAUAACACAUGGAGAACAAGCCGAGCGAGCAUCUUAGUAACAAAUUCACAAUAACACCCACAAAUGGGUUCGCAUAUCUUGACAAUAAUAUGGUAAAGCAGACCAUACUUGCACAAGAGGCUACAUUCCGGGAACAGGUCUUAGAACUUCAUCGUGUGUACAAUGUUCAGAAGCGAAUGGAAUUAGAAUGCCAAAGAGGCAAAUUAAGUGAACAUUCUCAAGAAAAAAUGUAUUCAUCACCAUAUGGGGGUAUAAGAACAGUCCGACAAGUUGAGUCGCACGUUGGGCAUGAUAUGAACAAACCAUCUGAAAAAUUCAUGAAGGGAAAAGAUUUAGACUGUAGUUCGAAUGGAGUGUCUAUGAGGAAUGAAAAUAGUAGAUCCACACAAGAAAAUAUAGCCCUUCAGGUUCCAUAUGAUGCACAUGCUGAUAAUAGUGAUGAUGAUGUGGUGAUACUAUCUGAGAAGCCUGCAAAUAGUGUAAUAAAAAAUAAAGGCUCCACUCCUGGUACAAGUGUGAAGGACCAUCAGGUUCCAGCUGAUGCACAUGACAAUGAUAGUAAUGAUGGUGUUGCGAUACUAUUGGGGAAGCCUGCAGAGAAUUGGCCAAUAACUAAUGGUUCAAUUCUUGGUAAAAAUGUGAAGGAUCUUCACGUUCGAUCUAAUGCACAUGCAGAUGAUAGUGAUGAUGAUGUGGUGAUACUAUCAGAGAAGCCUGCAAAAAGUUUGUCAAUAAAUGAUGGCUCAAUUCUUGGUACAAAUGUGAGGAACCUUCAAGUUCCAACUGGUGCACAUAUUUAUGAUUGUGAUGAUGAUGUGGUGAUAUUAUUGGACAAGUCUGCACACAAUUUGUCAGGAAAUAAUUGUUCAAUUCUUGGUACAAAUGAUAAGCUUAACAGUGAGGGCUCCUCAAUCAUGAACAAGAAGAGGAUCAGUGGUUUACAACCAUCAGACGUCUCAACAAUGAAUGUAUUGAACAAAACAUUUGUAGGGAAAUCUAGUGAUAUGGAAACAACAAACUUCCCAAGUGUGGGAAGUUCAACUCCUCAUAACCAGGUCUAUUCAUCGGCAAAAUUGAACCUGAACCUCCCAAAUAUGAAGCUUGAAAUUCAACCAUCCUCGCACAUGAACAAGAGCCGUGUUAGUGGUUUACAACAAUCAGAUAUAUGUACAUUGAAUGCUUUCAAUAAAAAAGUGGUAGGUUCAUCUAGUACUAUGAAAAUAGAAGACAUCCCAAGUAUGGGCGCCUCCAGUUCCCAAAACCAAUGUUAUUCAUUGCUAGGAGUGAACCUGAACCUCCCAAGCUUAGAGGAUACCUUGAAAGGAAAGCAUGUGGGUGCAGAAAUUAAUUCAAACUGCUUUAUUGCAAAUGAGGAAACACAACAUAACGAUUCAUACAUCCACAGAAAAUAUGAUCAAAGCAAUGGCAAGGAAUUCUUCACACAUGAGAAACAUAAUGUUGAUUUCUCAACCACACAUGAUCAGGCUAGUUGUAGCAUCCGCAAUCCACAAAUAUUUGGAGUGUCCAACUCCAAUGGUGCAUUCAAAUCUCUGUGGAAAAGCAACACCAAAGAUUACACAGAUAGGAGGUAUUAUGCUCACACUGAAGUGUCCACUGGUCAGAAUGGUCGCCUUCAAACAUUACAAGAAUAUUGUCACCUUCCAACACCAAAGAGUACACAACUUGGAGGGGAUCAAUAUCAAAAGCAAUCCCAAUUUUAUAAUAAGGUAAUGAAUCUGAGCAAUGGUCCUCGAGAUGCAACUCACACUCUAGGAAAAGCAAAAGAGGAUACCCCAAUGGAAGUAUCGUGGGUCAGAAAUAAGUUGCUAAACAUGAGGAAAGGAAUCUCCAUGAAGAAGACACAUGUGCCAUCAAAUUAUGCAACCGGGCAUCCCCAGAUUUUGCCAGGUUCCAUGGAUUACUCAGAAGGUAGUACAAGAACUCUUGGUUUCCAUAUUAAUGUAGCCACUAAGAAAGAUUCUCAAUCCUCAUGCACUAUGCACAAGGGCAUAGACAGCACACCCUCAAGUAACAGUGUAGCUAACAUGGAAAUGCAAUUCCAGAACAAGGAGGACACCAAUGCCAGGAAUCUCAUUGACCUGAAUGUUGCACUGCCUUUCAUUGAUGAAAUGGAGAUUGAUGCCCGCGUGUUAGAAGGCGAUACUAUUCCACAAAAACCAGAUGAUUCUUCUAGUGAAACAAUUGUUGUGGAUGAUGCAAAGAAUCUUAUGGCCAUGUGUAAGAUUGAGUUGCAAGUAGGAUCACCUAAAGGGAAUAACAAUGACGAUGACUCUGAAGCUUUGAAACUACAGUUGUUCAGAACCAAACAACGCACAUGCAACUCAACGUUGUUAACCCAAGAGAAUAAGAGGAGUAAAGUCCAUAGUGUUACUUCAGCUUCAUCAUCCAAGGUGCAUGACAAAUCCAAUUCAAGCGCAGCAACACCUCCAGAAGGAUGUUAUGCCAGGUACCCAGGAUUCUAGACGAUGCCUACCAUUGAUUCAGAGAAAACUUAAGAUUUCUUAGCUCAUGAGAACUUAAUAAAAAGUAGUUCCUCGAUGAUGGACUUACCAAGAAUUAAGGAAGUAGUGGAUUACAAUAAUAAAGGAACAUCGUGUAUGGUUCAGGACUCUAAUAUGGUCUAUGGAAACCUCCAUUGGAUGGAAAUAUCUUCACAUGUUUAUUUUGGAGUGAACUCUUG